AUGCCUGCGUCAAGAAUCCACAGCAUCCCCUUCACGCCAAGCGCUGGCAAUAUGAGCAAACGCACCGCAGCCUACUUUGUCAACUGGGCCAUCUACGGUCGCAAACACAGGCCGCAGGAACUACCAGCCGACAAGCUCACCCACGUCCUGUAUGCCUUUGCCAACGUCAAGCCCGACUCGGGCGAGGUCUUUCUGACCGACACAUGGGCUGACACCGAUAUUCACUGGGAGGGUGACUCGUGGAAUGACGAGGGCACCAACCUCUACGGCUGCCUGAAGCAGCUGAACCUACUCAAGAAGGCCAACCGCAAUCUCAAGGUCCUUCUUUCCAUUGGUGGCUGGACCUAUUCCUCCAACUUUAGGGCGCCCGCUUCGACGCCGGAGGGUAGGUCCCACUUUGCCAGAACUGCCGUGGAGCUCGUCAGGCAGCUCGGCUUCGACGGCAUUGAUAUCGACUGGGAGUACCCCCAGAACCCGCAGGAGGCCGCCGACCUAGUGGCCUUGCUGCGAGCCUGCCGCGAGGAGCUCGACGCCUACGCGCGCUCGGUCGACGGUGAAAACCCCUACCACUUCGAGUUGACGGUCGCGUGCCCCGCCGGCGCGUCCAACUAUGAAAAGAUGGACAUUGCCGGCAUGGAUCCCCUGCUGGACUUUUGGAACCUGAUGGCUUACGAUUACGCCGGAUCCUGGGACCAACGUGCCGGUCAUCAGGCGAACCUGUUCCCCAGCCACCAGAACCCGGUAUCAACGCCAUUUAGCACCGACGCCGCCAUCGCAUACUACGCCAGCCAGGGCGUGGCGCUCGACAAAAUCGUCAUGGGCAUGCCACUCUACGGCCGCGCUUUUGAGAACACGGACGGGCCUGGAGCGCCGUUCCAGGGCGUCGGCCAGGGGACCUGGGAGCAGGGCGUGUACGACUACAAGGCGCUGCCGCUCCCCGGGGCCGAGGAGCGGUUCGACGAGGAGGCCGGCGCCACGUACUCGUACGACCCGGUCACCAGGCACAUGGUUACCUACGACACGGUGCCGCUGGCCAGGAGGAAGGCCGAGUUCAUCAAUGAGAGGGGUCUGGGCGGUGCCAUGUGGUGGGAGAGCAGCGCCGAUAAGCAGGGAGACGAGAGCUUGAUCGGCAAUGUUGUCGAUGUUUUUGGUGGACCCGAGGGCUUGAAGCAUCAGGAGAACUGUCUCGCAUAUCCUCAGACCAAGUAUGACAACCUGAGGAACGGGUUUCCGAAUCAGUAG